AUGGAUAACCCGGCAGCAGUGUUGUCAGAUGACGUGGAGGAUUGGAGUCCACGGGCGCCAUCGACGGGCAGCAAUCAGCCCCAGACACAGGUUCGGUUAAGCGGUGGUUCCGAUGGCAUCUACAGUACCAAUAUCCCCAAUAAUUCAUCACAGACACAAUCACCAACACCUCAUCAGAAACAACAAUUUCAACAACCAACACCACAACAACAGUACAAGCGCAAUGCGUCGACUUAUUCAAUAGACAUUCCAGCAACCCUUGGGCUGAUGGUGACGAACACCAACCCUGCCGUCAACGGAGGAUCAACUACAUCGUCUACUAUGAAGCUGACCGAGUACUCGAGCAGCGGAAGCAACAGCAGCAAUAGUGGAAGCGUCGGCGACGGAACCGCGACCGCCACAUCGUACAUCAUAUCCGGCGGAAACGGCGAAAAGGCCGAUGGCAACGGGAUGGUCGGUGGACGACGUCGUAAAGGCGGAAAGAAGCAGCCCCGUUACGACCCGUUCCAGAUGCGGGACAAGUCUAAGGCGACUACUGACAGCGGUGCCUUAUUGCACUUAAUCAAGAGCAGCCUCGGAAGUGGCAUUCUCGCCAUGCCAAACGCUUUCAAAAACGGUGGGCUCAUCUUCGGACUUGUCGGCACUGCAGCAAUCGGAGCACUUUGCACGCAUUGCAUAUACCUUCUGGUGCUGUGUUCGCAAGCUCUAGCCCGCCGCACCCGCCGCCCUGCCCUCGGCUUUGCCGACACCGCCGCAGCCGCUUUCAGCACCGGUCCGCGCCGGUUCCGUGCCUGGGCCCCGUUCGCCAGAGAGUUUGUCAACGCCGCCUUGUUCUGCACGUAUUAUUUUGGUAACACCGUAUACGUAGUGCUCGUCGCCGCUUCCUUCAAGCAGGUGGCUGACACGCACACUCCGCCGGAAUGGCACAUGCCCGUCCGCGCCUGGAUCCUCGGCCUGGCCAUUCCGCUGGUGCCACUCGGCAUCGUCCGUUCGCUCCGGCUGCUUGUCCCGUUCUCAGCCAUAGCCACCGCAUUUAUACUGGUCGGCUUGGGAUGUACCAUGUCAUGGGUGGUAACCGGCGUCAGCCUGUUCGCCGACGAGAGUGCCCUGACGGCGGCCGUACCACUGCCGGACAUAGGAUCCCGUCCGUGGAUCGCCCCCGUGGGUCACAUGCCCCUGUUCUUCGCCACUGUCCUGUUCGCCAUGGAAGGCAUCGGCACCGUACUCCCGAUCGAGAACUCGAUGCGCCAUCCACAGCGAUUCCUCAAGGCUCGCCCUUGCGGAGUUCUGAACGCCGCCAUGGUGCUGGUCGUGUGCUUGUACUCGGUCGCUGGAUUCCUUGGAUAUUUGCGUUUCGGUGACGCCACUGACGGUUCGAUCACGCUCAAUCUACCCAACGACCUGUUCGCCGAGUCGGUGAAAAUCAUGGUGGCGCUGUCCAUACUGUUCUCGUACGGUCUGCAGUUCUGUGUGCCCAGCGAGAUAGUGUGGACCCGCCUGGAGCCAUGGCUGCGCAAGCGUCGGCAAAACGGCAAGUAUUCCGCGGACAGCAAGACGACGACGUCCUGCGGCGCGCCCGUGAACACCAUCGCCGGCAGCACCAUGUCUACGGUCACCGCGGUCACCACGACCAGUGCCACGUCCGUGGACGAGAAAAAGCAGCUCGAACUCGAAUCUAACCGGCAGGACAAACCCAUGGAAGGAGCGUACUACGUGAUGAGGGCCUCCAUGAUCCUGGGAACCGUGUUCAUCGCCGCCCUGGUGCCCGACCUGGCACCAUUCAUCUCGCUCAUCGGCGCGGUGUUCUUCUCAAUACUGGGCCUCAUGUGUCCGGCCAUCAUCCACCUAGCCGCGUUCUGGAACCACGGCGACGAGGACGGAGAGGACACGGACGACGCGACCGACUCGGAGGACGACUUGGACUUUGACGGCGACUACUACGCGGUGGACGACGACACCGACCUGGAGGCGGUGCAGCGGCAGCCACAGCGGAGGAGAAGCAGCGGCCGGUCGACUCGUCGCCGCCGUAAGGGCAUGAGCCGUUGGACCGUGGCCAAGGACGUGGCCAUCGUGUUGAUCGCGCUGAUCGCUCUGGUGUCCGGCACGUACGCGUCGCUCGUGGACAUCGUGGCGUUCUACGGGGCCGGCGGCGAGGGUGGCCACCACGCGGCCACAGGCAACGGCACCGCCGUCACUGUCGGCACCACCACCAUCGGCCCGGGCCCGGAAUCGGCAUUCCUGGUAGCGGCGAACGUGGUACCGCAAUUAUAG